GCCCUCUCCCGGCCUCCUUCACUGAGCCUGUGCUUUCCUGCCUGCUCUCUCUUUCCUUUCUGGCUCAGCUUGGGACAGAGGAUCAUUCCAGAGGAGGCUCAGGUCUUGGAUUUUAACGGCAGUGAUGGAAAAACAUGAGAAUGUUUCCUGGAUCUACCAAAAGGAACUGGAAGAUCCAUUCAAGAAAUACCUGAACAACACUGAUGACUACCUAGCUUUGCUCUGCGGGCCUCCACGCAGCCACCUCUUCCUGCCGGUGUCUGUGGUGUAUACUCUGAUUUUUGUGGUGGGGGUCGCUGGCAAUCUCCUGGUGUGCCUGGUGAUUCUUCGGCACCAGACUAUGAAGACACCCACCAAUUACUACCUCUUCAGCUUGGCUGUCUCCGACCUCCUGGUCCUGCUUCUCGGGAUGCCCCUGGAAGUCUAUGAGAUGUGGUGCAACUACCCCUUCCUUUUUGGGCCCGUGGGCUGCUACUUCAAGACAGCCCUCUUUGAGACGGUGUGCUUCGCCUCCGUCCUCAGCAUCACCACGGUCAGCGUGGAGCGAUACGUGGCCAUCCUCCACCCGUUCCGCGCCAAGCUGGAGAGCACCCGGCGGCGGGCCCUCCGCAUCCUCGGCAUGGUCUGGGGCUUCUCUGUUCUCUUCUCUCUGCCCAACACCAGCAUCCACGGCAUCAAGCUCCGCUACUUCCCCAAUGGGUCCUUCGUCCCGGGCUCUGCCACCUGUACGAUCAUUAAGCCCAUGUGGAUCUACAGUUUCAUUAUCCAGGUCACCUCCCUCUUCUUCUACAUCCUCCCCAUGAUGGCCAUCAGUGUCCUCUACUACCUCAUGGGGCUCAAACUGAAGAAAGACCAACCCCUUGAAGCAGAUGAAGUAACUGCAAAUAUUCAAAGACCAUCCAGAAAAUCAGUCACUAAAAUGCUGUUUGUCUUGGUCUUAGUGUUUGCUAUCUGUUGGGCCCCAUUCCACAUUGAUCGGCUCUUCUUCAGCUUUGUGGAGGAGUGGACUGAAUCCCUGGCUGCUGUGUUCAAUCUCAUCCAUGUGGUAUCAGGUGUCUUCUUCUACCUGAGCUCAGCUGUCAACCCCAUUAUCUACAACCUACUCUCCUGCCGCUUCCGAGCAGCAUUCCGGAAUGUGAUCACUCCUUCCUGCAAACAGCGGCACGCCCAGAACCACCCACAGGGGCCACCUGUGCAGCAGAACAUCUUCCUGACAGAAUGUCACCUUGUAGAGCUGACUGAAGAUGUGGGUCCCUAG